AUGACACCUGUUGUUCUGUGCAAAGGUCACUUUGUCAGGAAGGUUAUUGUGGCUGCAGCAAACAGAGCAUGUAAGGACUAGAGGAGGAAAUAAAUAUUUUAAUGAUAAGGAGGGGAAACCCUGGAAUAAAUGUUUUCUCUGGAAGGAGUCUUGCUAGACUGGGCGUUCCACCACUGAUGUCACAUGUGCCUGAUAAUCCAUAAUAAAGCAGCUCUCUGUUCCUUGGUUUGCACACAUACAGCACAGAUACCCACGGCUGUAACAUGUCUGAAGCACAUGCAAGUGGUGCCCGGCAUCCAGUGGAAGCCACAGCUAUUGGGAUUCUACAGCAUGGACGUCUCAAGCAAAAUAUGUUCUCCAUCCUGUGGUCCGACCACAAUGAGAUCUUGAUUUACCGGUCAUUUGAAGAUUUCAAGAAGCUGAAUAGAGAACUAAAAAAGAAGUUCCCCCUUGAAGCUGGAUUGUUCCGGAAGUCUGAUAGUGCUCUCCCAAAACUAAAAGAUGUCCCAAUUUUCAGAAAAAACAGGAGUACGAAUCGUUUCAUCGAGAGACUUCGGCUCCUGGAGAAAUAUUCCCAGGAACUGCUGAGAACGGAUGGGAAAAUCUCAGAAUGUGACUUGGUCAUGACAUUUUUUACUCCUACGAAUAACGAUCUGAAUCCAAACUUUCCAGAAAACAGCUUGGUGAUCAUGACCUCCGAUGCCAAGGAUCAGAAAGAACAACAGAAGCAGUUGCCUGCAGCUCCAACCAUACACCCCAUUGUAUUCCAGCAGUACACGUGCAUGGAAGACUAUGAGACCAAAGACACCAAGAAUCGAUCAUUCAAAGUCAAGCGCCAUGAGCUUGUGGGUGUCUUAAUCAAGGAGAACUCAGGUUGGUGGCUGGUGGAGAAUGAGGAGAAACGUUUGGCUUGGUUUCCAGCUCCAUACCUCAAAGAUGUUGAUAACAGUGAGGGCACAGACUCAGGAACAUAUUCAGAAGAUGAAGGAACCCUUUAUUAUGCAGCUAGAGCUUACGAAGCUAUGGACUCUGAUGAAGUUUCCAUUACUGUCGGUGUCCUUGUGGAGGUCAUAGAGAAGUCAAACAAUGGUUGGUGGCUGAUCAGGUAUAAUGGAAAAGCAGGUUACGUCCCAUCCAUGUAUCUCAAGCCAUAUCGUACUUAUCAGCAGCUACAAAUCAUGACCAGCCAAGGGAAAUUCACAUCUACCCCAAACUUGUUCAAGGCAGCCAGCAAUUUGUUCUUGAACAGGGUGACAGAGAGCAGUAAUCUGCCAGAGUCAUCAGGUACAGGCAGAAAUGCCAACCCAACAUCAAGAAUCCCACUAAUGUUGGACAGAAGGAAAUCUCGGUCUCUCUAUGGGCUUCCAUCAAGCAUGCAGAGAACAUCUCCAUCUCUUGCCAGUGGAUUAGGGAGUGAAUCAAAGGGUCUCGGAGGGGGAAGCACCCAAACUCUUAACACAGACGGGAAGGACAAAUCAAAGCAGAACACAAUAGAGCUGGAUUUCAAGCAGCUGCCAACCCAGCAGCAACAAAUCACAUCAGAACCACCCACUACCAGUUAUACCAGUUAUACCAGUUAUACCAGUUAUACCAGUUAUAUACCACAUACCCCAUUAAUGCCCCAGCGUCCAAAGCCUCAUGAGAUACUCCACAGAUGCACCACUGUGACAAAACAAGCUCUUCAAAAAAACAGUGAACCCACAUAUAACUCUGUUGUAGCCAAAUAGAUCAGCUAAGACCCAUCUCUCCUAAUCUUAACAUACAACAUAUGGUCAAAAGUAUGUGGACACCUGCCAGUCCAAUAUCUUAUUCCAAAACCAAGGGUAUUAAUAUGAAGCUAUCCCUGCCUUUAUUGCUAUAAACUUUAUAAGCCUCUACUCUUCUGGGAAGUCUUUCUUCUAGAUGUUGGAACAUUACUGGUGGGAUUUGCUUCCAUUCAUACAUGUGGGGCUGGGCACUAAUGUUGGGGGUCAUGGCUAGCUCAUAGUUAGGGUAUGAUGUAGAGGCACCAGUGUCGUUAAUAAUGGGUGUGGCUUAAAUAGCUAAUUCCAAUAACUAGAAGGGGUGUCCUCAUAAUUUUGUUCACCCAGCAGCAACUCCAUUAUUUAUAGAACAGGUCUCCUGGGCUGGAGAAACCCUUAUACUUGGAACACUUCAGUUACAGUUUUAUUAUUGUAUUUAAAGAAUCAUGUCAAAAAACUUUUAACUAAAAAUAAAACUUAGGUAUGAA